AUGUGGACCGUCUUAGCUCGUGAAUGGACAGCAGUAGCAGGACGUCGAAUUCCAUCUCGUCGUGUACAAGCGUCUGAAUGGAUUGCCACGUAUUCAAGCUCAAGCUCUAGUAGUAAUAGUAGUAGUAACUCCAUCGAUUGUAAAUUAUCAUUGCAGAAUCAUACGAAAUGGCAACAAGAAGAAGAAUCGAUCGCGAAACUCAAGUCUUUUUCCAUCCAAGUGGAUCGAUCAGGAUUGAAACAACCGAGUCCUGUAUUGACUACAAAAUCAUCACUAACGAGUGAAAAAGUAUUGAAGAGUCUUGACAAUAGAUUGGUACAUGUACUACGGUCCAUGAUUGAAGUGAAAGGACCACUGACAGUUGCAGAAUACAUGACACGUGCGAUGAGUCAUCCAGACUAUGGAUAUUAUAUGACACAUGCAAAAAAUGUAUUUGGAAGUCAAGGAGAUUUUACAACUGCACCGGAAAUUAGUCAAAUGUUUGGAGAACUGAUUGCUAUCUGGUGUGUAGCUACAUGGCAACAAAUGAGUAUGCCGAAUCAUAUAAAGAUUGUGGAAAUAGGACCAGGAAGAGGUACGUUAAUGAGUGAUUUUCUACGUGCUGCCAAGUCAUUUUCAUCAUUUUAUGAUGCAAUUGAGAUUCAUAUGGUUGAUAUUAGUCCAGUGAUGCAGAAGAUCCAGCACGAGACAUUAAAGUGCGAACCGAUAUAUGACAAGUCAGCAGCAGCCGAGAAUACAAUCUAUUCUCUGCCGGAUAAUGGGCCGACGAUACGCUGGCAUACAAACUUUGCAAAUGUUCCACAUGGUCCGAGUUUAAUGAUUGCCCAAGAACUUUUUGACGCUCUACCAGUGCAUCAGUUCGAGUACACUGACCGUGGUUGGUGCGAGCGCCUUGUGGACGUUGAUUUUGAAGAUGGCGAUGACCACUUCCGCUUUGUACUAUCACCUGGUCCAACACCGGCCACAAGAGUGUACAUUGGCCGCGAAAAAUUGUUUGACCCGACCACUGCUCUAUCGCAAUUGGCCGAGACCCAUAUCUCUGGUGUGGAUGAUUUAAAAAAGAUGGAAGAAACUAUGGUUCAGCGUCUGGAUGUUGCGGAUGCGGCGGGUGCUCCUGUGCGCACAGCGCAGGCUCAGGUCGGAGACAAGAUUGAGAUCUCUCCUGUCAGUAUAGCAUUAGUGCAAGACAUGGCUAAGCGCAUCUCGCAGUCGGGUGGCGGUGCGCUAAUUGUGGACUACGGCUACGACCACCCGUCAGAGCUCAGUCUGCGUGGCAUUAAGAAGCAUGAGUUUGUUAGUGUACUACGUGAGCCAGGUGACGUGGAUCUGAGUAUCGACGUCGAUUUCGCCACGCUGCGGCGGUUUGCGACAGCCGAGGCUAACAUUCGGAGCUUCGGUCCCGUUGGCCAGGGCGUGUUCCUGAAGAACAUGGGCAUCGAACAUCGUCUGGCGAUGCUGCUGCAGAAUACAGAGUCGGAAGAGGCUCAACAGGAUCUGGUUUCCUCUUACGAACGUCUCGUGGAUGCUGAGCAAAUGGGAACGAUCUUCAAGGUCAUGGCACUGACACACAGAGACGUCGGUGAUCCUGUAGGUUUUGAGGACAUGCAAACUGACUGA